CCCUCCUCUCCGCAACGGCACCUCCUCCUCCCCCUCCGUCCCCCGCUCUUUCGUGGAUGACUUUGAGUCCAAGUAUUCGUUUCAUCCUCUGGACGACUUCCCUCCUCCGGAAGAGUACCGACACUUCGCCAAGAUCUACCCCAGCAAGGCCAACAGAGUGAUGAGAGGAGCACCUCCACUGCCGCCUGUCGGGAGCAGUUCUUCUCAUCAUGGAGGAAGUGAUGCCGGAGCCCCUCCCCUUGAUGUCGGAGCCCCUCCCCCUGAUGCCGGAGCCCCUCCCCUUGAUGUCAGAGCCCCUCCCCCUGAUGCCGGACCCCCUCCCCCUGACGCAGAAGCCCGGCCCCCUGAAGAGGAAGCAGCCCCGCCCCCCGAAGAGGAAGCAGCCCCCCCCCCCGCUGGCCCCUGACCCCGAGGAGGAGGGUCAGCGCCGGGUCAGGAACCAGAACCUUGUGGCGGUUCUGGGAGAGGAGGACGAGUCCGUGAGGCUGCUGGAGGACCUGCUGUUCGGGGGGGAGGAGCAGCUGCUGGACCAUCUCCUGCAGGUGGACAAGCAGCAGACGAGCGUCUCAUUGGACGACGGAGACGAUGAGUCCGCAGACUCGGAGGAGGAAGGGCGAGCGAACAAAAGAGAGGCGGUUUGGAUCGAUGAAGACGAUGAGAGGGAGGAGCAGGUGGACAUGAAGCAUCGAUUCCGCAGAGAUCUGAUCAGAGGAGAAGCUGAGGAGACGCUGAGCAGCAGCAAGCUCCAGCUGAGGAUGAGAGAACAGUUCCAGAAGUCGAUGGGAGGAGCUCCUUCGUGGGCGGAAAACUCUGUGAAGAAGAAGAAGAAGAAGAAGAAGAAGAACGCUGAUGAUGAUGAUGAUGAUGAUGAUGAGGAGGAUGAUGAUGAGGACGAUGAGCUGAUGAGGAGGACGGGGGACUUCCUGGGGUCUUCAGAGCGUCUGCCCGGCAGCAUCCUGAGGAUGAAGAAGUGUCUCCAUGCCAACGCGGCUCGGCCCUCUCCAGACGCUCUGACCUCCGUGCAGUUCCACCCCAACGCUCAGGUCGUCAUGACCGCCGGCCUCGACCAAUCACUGAGCCUGUUCCAGGUGGACGGGAAGUCCAACCCUCAGAUCCAGAGCAUCCGUCUGGAGAAGUUUCCGGUCCACCGGGCGGCGUUCAGUCGGGACGGAGAGAUGGUGAUCGCCACCAGUCUGAGGAACAAGAUGUUCUACCUGUACGACAUGAUGGAGGGGAAAGUGACACCUGUCACCUCCGUCAGAGGUCUGAACGAGGCGAGGGUGAAGGAGUUCUCCGUGUGUCCUGAAGGAGGCGCUCUGCUGCUGAGCGGGACCAGAGGCUACCUGCACCUGCUCACUCUGAAGACCAGGGAGGUGGUGAGCAGCAUGAAGAUCAACGGGGAGGUCGUCGGGGUCGCCUUCUCUCCCGACGGCAGCAAGGUGUUCGCCAACUCAGGUGAGAUGUGCAACCAU